AACUAAGCCCGCAAAGUAACUAGAAAUGCUCGCAUAAAAGAAGGCACCGACCCAUCGCUCCCCCGAAAUCGGAUAGAAUCGAGCGCCGCCGCCGGAGCGGGAUGGCGAGCGGCAGCAACGGCGAGCCGAGCAUGGCGCCGCAGCCGAACCGCUGGUACGAUCUCCGGCUGGGCUCCUCGUGCCGCGACCCCUCCCCCACCGCCAAGUUCUGCACCCUCCGCUAUGAAUUUAAGCCAGCAUCAAUUGAUAAGACUCAAGCUGGGUCUCUGCAGAGUACUAAAGAUAACCGAGUUACUGUGGAAUUCCAUAAUAAUCAGCCUGGCAAGCCAAAGGUGACAUUUGAAGGAAGCCAAGAAGAGUACAAGGACAAUGAUGGUGUCUUGUUUUUUGACGGUGAGACCUUUCACCUGGAGAGGUUACAUCGGGCUGUCAAGAGAUUAAGGCAUGUCCGAGUUCCAGGAGAGUUUGCAGCAGCUAAUUUGGCAGCUACAACUACUGGAAUGGGUGUAGAGUCUCAUUCUCCUCCAUUAGCGAAAGUUGGCAAGAGGCAGAUGAGCAAACCUGCUGUUCACUCAGUUCCUGUUGAGAUUGAGCGCAUUGACAUAGGUGAACCUGAAAAUCCAGGCCCAAGAUACAAUAACAAGAGCACCGCAUAUCAACCUGUUACCACAAACCCAUUUGCCGUUUCACCUGAUCCAGAUGAUCAAGAGGAGAACCUAGACAUACUUGGUGGUGAUGAUGAUAAUGGCUCACCGAAUAACAUGGCCUCGGGUCAAGGGAUGUCUGUUCGUGGUUUUGACAUCAACUCACCAAAUCAGAACGACAUAGAUGAUGAAAUUGCUGAUGUAGAUGUAAAUGAUGAAGCUGAUGAGGGGCUCAAUGCAGCUGAGGCACUGCGAGCUCAAGUGAAUGCAGAAGGGCAGCAGGGGGAGCAGGAUAGCUCUAGCUCUAGCGGGAGCAGCAGUAGCAGCAGCAGCAGUGGGAGCGGUAGCGGAAGUGGGAGCAGCAGCAGUGGUACUGAUGGCAGUGAUGGUGAUUCAGCCAGCUCCGGAGGUGAUGUUGAUAUAUGAGCUUAAUAGUUCUUUCAGCGUAUGCUUUGAUUCACAAUUUUUCAUUCUUACUAAAAGGAGUUGUAAGAUUUGCAUAUGUUUGACUAACAUUGCACAAGUGACUAUCGAGUUACUGCCAUUGUGAACUAUGGGGCUACCAAGUGUUUCCUCGAUUUGUGAUUAGGUCGGUUAUAUGUUUGCUAGACCUGGCUUGGAAACAUAGAAUUUGUAAGCAGAUCUGUACAACUAUGUGGUUACGUGAUAUUGUUGUUGUCAA